AUGAAGAGUGACUCACAGACAACGGUUGUGGCAGGUCCAAGAGUACAGCAACUUCUGCAGAAGCUACAUGCUAUAUCGGACGCGGAAGAGAAGUCUUGGUCCCAAAGAUUCUUCUACUUGACUCGGCUUGUUCGCUUCUUUGCGUUUGAUGAGACAUGGUCCGCCACCGCCGAUGAGCACAUAAGUAUUGGAGCAUGCAACGUGAUCGAGGCUGGGACAAGUUUCGGGCUGUCGACGAUAUAUUUAGCGUUGGCAGUGGGCCAGAAUGUGCUCCUUCAACGGAAGAUAGCUGCUGGGACUACCUCGCUCACCGGAAAGGUGAUCGCGACAGAAAAGGAGCAUGCUAAAGCAGUGAAGGCCAGACUGCAUUGGAAGGAGGCAGGUGAUGAAGUUGAACCAUGGAUUGAGCUGCGGGAGGGGGAUUUGCUGGAAACAUUGAAGGUUGACGAGGGCAUGCUGGAGAGGAUUGACCUCCUGCUAUUGGACGUCUGGACGCCUCUUGCACUUCCUACCCUCAAGCUUGUCCAACCAAGGCUCAAGUAUGGGGCUGUUGUCAUCACGGACAAUGUGGGAAUAGCAAAGCUCUUGUACAGGGACUUUCUGGAGUAUAUACGCAAUCCAGAGAACGGAUUCAGGAGCCUUACAUUACCCUACAGUGGGGGACUGGAGCUAUCGGUGUAUUUGCCAUAG